GAUCAUUAUAAAUACGGAACUAGUUCUGUAAAUUGAUAAACCACACCCCUCUUCUCAAUAACAAAGAGAAAACACUAGAGCUAGCUAAGUGAAACUUUUACGUAAGAGGAUUUAAUCAAUGGCUCCUUUAAAUUGUUCUAGAUUAACCAUGAUCAGUUUAGUUCUAUCUGUUCUCAUAAUAGGGAGUGCCAAUGCACAACUUUCUACAAACUUUUACUCAAAAACUUGUCCCAAACUCUCUACCACAGUGAAAUCCACACUGCAAACUGCCAUAUCAAAGGAGGCCCGAAUGGGUGCCUCUAUCCUCCGCUUGUUCUUCCACGAUUGCUUUGUCAAUGGAUGUGAUGGAUCAAUUCUCUUAGAUGACACAUCAAGCUUUACCGGUGAGAAGAAUGCAAAUCCAAAUAGAAACUCCGCUCGUGGAUUUGAUGUCAUCGACAACAUAAAGACAGCCGUAGAGAACGUAUGCCCCGGAGUUGUAUCAUGUGCUGAUAUCCUAGCCAUUGCUGCCGCAGACUCUGUUGCAAUUCUUGGAGGUCCAACCUGGAAUGUAAAACUUGGAAGAAGAGAUGCUAAAACGGCUAGUCAAUCCGCUGCUAACACUGCCAUCCCGGCACCAACUUCCAACCUCAAUACACUCACCUCAAUGUUUAGCGCCGUUGGUCUUUCUAGCAAAGAUUUGGUCACAUUGUCAGGUGCACACACAAUUGGACAAGCAAGGUGUACAAAUUUUAGGGCACGAAUCUACAACGAGACCAACAUAAAUGCUGCAUUUGCUAGCACGAGGCAAUCAAAUUGCCCAAAGGCAUCAGGAUCAGGUGACAACAAUUUGGCACCUCUUGAUCUUCAGACUCCUAGUUCUUUUGACAACAACUACUUCAAGAACCUUGUUCAGAACAAGGGUCUUCUCCAUUCAGACCAACAACUUUUUAACGGCGGGUCCACCAACUCAAUAGUGAGUGGUUAUAGUACUAGCCCAAGCUCUUUUUCCUCUGAUUUUGCCGCUGCUAUGAUCAAGAUGGGAAAUAUUAAACCUCUCACCGGAUCAAAUGGAGAGAUUAGGAAGAACUGUAGAAAAACCAACUAAUAUUUAAGUUAAAUUGAUACUAAUCAUUCUAGAUAUACACAUACAAAUUUUAUUAUAUAGAUGUGUGUGCAAGUGUGUGCAAAAUAAGUUGUUAAACAUGUUUGAAUUGUCAUUUUAAUUAUGGGUACUUCCGAAGGUCGUGUAUUGUCUUAGUUUUAUUAUGUUUUUUUUACUUCAUUUACAAAAUUGUAAGAACGGAAGCUAGUUUGAUAAUCUACAAGGUCAAUUGUGAUUUUAA